UAUUAUGAAAAUACAAAAGAGCGGAAAAUAUUUUGAAAAAGGGAAAUGAGUUCGGAUAAAACGAGGAUGAAAGGGCGUGUAACAAAGACAACACCGACGAAAGACAAAGAGGUGAAGAAGGUAUGCGUGAAACCUUUGAUGCCUGAACAGAGACUCAAUUCUAAUAAUAAUGACGAUGUGGCUCUAGACACCAUUUCUGGUAGUUCUCCAAAAGAAAAAACUCAACUGACUGGAUCAAUACAUGACAUUCUUGGGAAAAUGAAAGUACCACCUGACUGUCAAGACUCAAAAGCAGGUAAACUAGCAGCUGACAGAUGGAGACAGAGAAGCGCCAAGCAGGUAUAUGACGACUUCUGCUCUGAGACAAGCUUUACUGCCUUGACAAGAAUACAUAAAGCAUCUCACUGGUACAAAAGGAUUCUGUGGACGUUUGCAUGUCUGUCGAUGCUAGUAUGGCUUAUAAUACAGAUUACAUGGCUAUUCCAGAAGUACCUAAGCUAUCCUGUUGAAGUAAAGAUUGAAGUGGAAGCGGUUCCAAAUCUUAUAUUUCCAAGUGUUACUAUCUGUAAUCUGAACCCUUUGAAGAGAAGCAUGAUGGGUAGAGGGCCGUUCAAAGAUAUUUCAUACUACUUCAAAUUGGAUGACUCGGAUAUCCUGUAUGAUGAUUUCAUUAAGGAACGAAGGAGAAAGUGGCUAGAAGAAAAUGAGACAUUUCAUGACGACGAGGAACACCUGAGGAAUUAUAUGAAGAAUAACUCUUUCAACAGAUGGAAUAUCCUGGAAAAUGAUACAGACAUUGCUAAAGAAUUUUACUCAGAACUUGACGAUUCAUUUAUCGCUUCAUUUGCAUAUUCGUCGGUGGCUGCGACUAUGCGCACACGUAGGUUUAGACGGUUUGGACACCAGAAGCGUGAUUUAAUAUUGUCUUGUUCGUGGCAAGGAAUGUCGUGCUCUCCUGCGAACUUUACAUACCACAGAAGUCAGUUCUAUGGAAACUGCUACACGAUCAACACGUUUGACAAUGGAAAAGCUGCUCUCUCGACAAACUACGCCGGACCGUUAAUGGGUCUUGCAUUGGAGCUAAAUAUUGAACAAGACGAGUAUAUUGCUGCAUUGAGUGCUGAUGCUGGAGUAAGAAUAACGAUCCACCCUCGAGGGAUCUAUCCAUUUCCUGAGGAUGAGGGGAUAUCUAUUCCUCCGGGAUUCAAAACUUCUAUCGGCAUAGCAAAGACUGAGCUGACCCGUCUAACCCCGCCCCACGCUGAUUGUGGAAACAGUGGACCUGACGUUACCAACUUGUAUUCGAGAGAUUUUGGAACUUCAUAUUCCAAACAAACAUGCCUGAAAUCCUGUGUCCAGCAACAGCUGCUUGACAUCUGUGGAUGCGUGUCCUCUUAUUUUUACGUACCUGAAAACGUCUCCAUAUGUUCGUUCACUGGAGGUGGAAAUGAAUCGAUUUGUGUGAAGGACACAAUAUGUGCACAAGUUGACGAGUGUAAUCGCAGAUGCCCGACUCCUUGUCAAGAGACCAAGUAUGAAUUCACUUCGUCGAUGUCAAAAUGGCCGUCUGAAAAAUAUGCGGAUCACCUGGACACCAGAAUUAGUAAAUCAAUGAGUAGAUUUAUGGACAAAAAUGGCAGUGCAGACAGUGAACACACGUUGGCUAAGGUAGUUAUAUACUUUCGAGAGCUCGUGUAUGAAAAAAUUGAACAGCAGAAAGCAUAUGAAUCACAGAAUUUGAUUUCCGAUAUUGGUGGACAACUUGGACUCUGGCUCGGUCUGUCUGCAAUUACAGUGGGUGAACUCAUUGAGUUCUUUGCGUCACUGGGGAAACUGAUUUGUGCCAACGUUUGCAAGAAGAAAACAAAACCUGACAAAGUUGGAUUAAGAAGGCCUUCUCUGGACAUACCAUGAACAAAAGACUGCAGCAAUGAAAUCACACCAAUUUAUGUUUUCAUUGUCUUAAAAUAUUAGAAAAUAGUUCUGGUAUUUUGUGUUUUGUUCAUGGUUUUAAAUGAUGAAUCGCUUUGAGUGUUUUAACGUAUUGUUCAAAAUAAUUAUGAUGUUACUCAACCAGUAUUCCCGUUUUCAUAUUCGUACACUAUUCGAAAGUAUACCAUUCGAAAAUGUAUAUUUUUGUUAACGAUUACAUUAUUAUGAAGUCUCACACUCAUUUUUAUCUGACCUUAUACAUUUUAAUUUUGUUAGCACUUUCUCAGAUUUGGCAAACUUAAAUAGAGAGAUCAUAGUUUUAUGUUAAACGUUAAGCAUUAUAUUUAAUAAGAUAAAACAUCCAGAUCAAAAUUUGUCUACAAUAUUUCCAAUUACCUAUCACAAAUGUAGUAUAUUUUCAAGUACCGAUUUAAAAAGGAAAUGUAGUAGUCGAUUAGACAAAAAUAAGCAGGUUGAUAUGAGUGGAAACAUCUAUCGUUCGACAGUAAUCUUCAUUUGAUAAAAUUAAUGUUGAUAUUUUCUUCAUAGUUGAUUAGUUCUCCAAGGUUUAUAUUAAAUGAUAAACGUCCUUAAACAGAACUGUUCAACAAAUGCUCAAUAGACGUGGAUGUACUCUUGGAACAAUUUGUUUGUUUUGGGUUACGCGCCGAUUAAAAACCAAAACGGUGUUCUUGGAUUUUGUGGCAGUACUAAGUUGUUCUUUGCCGGGAACAGCCACAUUCUCCACAUGGAUCAGAGAUGGAAGACGAAUGAUGACAGACACAACAUCUUUUAUCAAAUCGUCAUGUAGAUUGUUCGCCUCUUCCGGGGAUCGCACUUACGACCGCGCUAUUCACAGACCUUCACUUUCCUUAUUGAGCGGACUUACUUUAAAGCAAACUGUAAAUCUAUGUUUGUAUAUUUUAUGUAUGGACUCAACAGGAUUUGAUUAAAUAAAUCUACAAUACCAGAAAUGCA